UCAAUCUUUUUUUUUUUUUCCUUCCUUUUGUUUUUUUCUUUCUUCUUGCAUUGAUGGCUGGGUCAAAGACGGCGACGCCUGGCCGACCAGCCAACGGCGCACCGCAGACGCCCGCCAAGCCACAGCCGCCGCCGCAAGCACCAAGCACGCCCACUGCUGCUGCUGCUGCUGCACCAUCGAAGGGGGCUGCUGCUGCUGGACUGCAGACGCCAACGACGACGACGACGCCGGGCAAGAAGAAGCAGGCGGCGACUCGUCCACAUGGAUCGCCAGCCGUCACUGCGACUCCGCUUGCUGCUGCUGCUGCUGCUGCUCCUAUGACCACUACGACUACGACUACUGCUGCUGAGCACGAUGCAAAUGGACACACAAAGACGCCCGCUGGACGACGCGGCGCAGACAGCACGCCAGCCAAGGCAGCCAAGGCAGCAAAGGCGGCCGCUCCGCACGUGGAAGAGGAUGGCAGCGGCGCGGCAGGACCGGCGACCAGCGCAGGCGGCCGCGGCCACACGCAGCCCACGACGGCUCGGAACAGCAGCCACAAGAAGGCCAAUGCCGGAAAGGGCGGCGCGAGGGACGCGAGCGACGAGGACAGCGAGAGCGACGAGGACUCGGCCGCAGCAAUGCAGAUUGACGACGACGACGACGACGACAGCAACGCACAACAGAGCCAGCCACGCCGCAACAAGAGCACCAAGGCAAGCAACCACAGCAGCGGCACGACGGGUGCUGUUGCAUCCGACGCGACGACGGAGUACGUUACACGCCUCGGCGGCGGCAACAUUACUCGCUUCCCUGCAGUCUUCUCGAAGGACGGCAAGUUCAUGUUCGCCGCAGCUGGCGAUCUGGUCAACGUAUACAGCGUAAACUCGGGUGAGCGUGUGCGAUGUCUCCAAACCUGGUCCUCGUUCAACGCAGCGUCCACAGAUAGUGAGUCAUCCUCAUCAUCGACUGCGCCCAAGCGCGCGUCCGGCUCUGGCGCGCCUGCGAUUGCGCUCUGGCUCAACCCCGCUAAUGCACUGCAACUGUUCUCGGUCACGAGCGAUGCCCGGUUGCUCGUGUGGGACAUCAACGAUGGCGUCUUGUUGCAGCAAUUGCAGCUGGCGCUGCCCGCUCCAUUCCCUAAACGACGUGUUAUUGCUGCCGUCCCUCUGCCAGACUCCCCGUAUGCUAUGGUCUACAUUGUUUACACUCCUCCCAAGCAUCUCGGUAUGCUCGGUGAUACACAGCUCACAUCCGCCGCCAAGGCGACUGCCUACUUUCAAGAUUUGGCGCAACCCACCUCCACUACUGCCGCAACAUUAUCAACAACAACAACAACAACACCAACUGAUGCACCCUCCAAGCCGGCGACACUGGCUGCUCGAAAGAUCUUCAAGUCCAAGGCGCUCACAAAGCUCGCCAUCAGCGGAGACGGCGUCACGGUGGCAGCCAUUGGCGGCCGCUACCUGCACGUUUACAAUCUUCGCACAGAGACUGGACACAAGUUCAAGCAUGCGCGCGACCUUACUUGCGUUGCCAUUCAUCCGACAGAGGCCUAUAUUGCAACCGGCGACAGCCGCGGUGAGAUUGUAUUGUGGUACCUGCAAUCCGAAUCGAUGCAACAGCAAGGCGCCUCGCGCACCCCGGCUACGAGCGUCAUGCACUGGCACGCCAACGCCGUUGCGCACAUGUGCUUCUCGUCCGACGGCGUGUAUCUGAUCUCGGGCGGUCUCGAGUCUGUGCUUGUCAUGUGGCAGCUGCAGACCGGUCACCGCCAAUACUUGCCACGUCUUGGCGCUGCCAUCACUGCCGUCGCGACCUCUGCCGACGACACCCUCUAUGCUGUUUCUCACGCCGACAACUCGAUUCGCAUCGUCUCGGCUGUCUCCCUGAAAACCCUACGCAUUGUCCAGAGCCUCAAGCUCGGUGAGCGUGACUCGGCGCCAGUGACUGGCCUCGUCGUCGAGCCUCGCACCAACAUGCUCGUCUUGAACAGCACGCUGCCUGGUACCAUUCAAUUCUUUGAUGCGCACCACGACCGUCACGUCACGGACAUUGAAAUCGUGCCCCGGCACCACGUCACGUCCACGCCGGUUGUGCACGUGGCAUUCGGACGCGGUGGCGAGUGGAUGGCCACGAUUGAGCGCCGUGAAGACAUCCCCUCGUUGCCAAAGACCGCCGCUCGCCAAUUCCCGGGCUCGACCCUUUCCUCGCCCGCACACUACUCCAUGUCUGCCGAGGCCCAGUCGUCUCAUGCCGCAUCGCUCUCCGUGCUUGCCACCCCCGACGCGACGUUUGAGACCCGUCUGCGCUUUUGGCACUACAACAAGUCCGCCCAGCGAUACGUCCUGAGCACUUGCGCCGAAUCUCCCCACGGCAUUUCUGCCGUCUCGUCCAUCCAGUUCCACCCCAAGCUUGAUCUUGCUGUCACCUGUGGUCUCGACAAGAAAUUCCGCGUCUGGGCACUCGCAUCGCCCGCCAGCACCGAUUCGUACGUGGCAUCGACGGCUGCGGCCGCGGCAGCAGCUGCAGCAGCAGCAUCCGCGUCGUCUGGCACCACCGCUGGCGCUACUGCACCCGCAGUGGUCGAAGAGGAUGUCGCUGGCUCGUGGUUUUGCCGCUCUGUCGGUUUCUACCGCGACUACCAUUGCAAGAGUCUCGCCUUCUCGGCCGACGGUUCGGUGCUCGCCAUUGCUUACGGCUCCAGCGUCACUCUCUGGGAUGUCGAUACCAGCAUUUUGCAAAUCACCCUUUCCUAUCCGCCACCGCAAGAGCACAUCCAACAAGUGGCUUUUAUCAAUGAUACUCCUUACCUUGUUGCACGUUCAUCGACUUCAAUUUACGUGUGGAAUCUUCUCACAUGCUCUGUCUGGUGGUCAUGCAAGUUGAAUACUUCUGCUCUUGUGCUCGAUGCUUCCUCUGAUCGGUUUAUGGUGUUUACGACUGUUCAAGAUCCGGCAAAUCGCAAGGCACAACAACAGCGCGUCCUCCUUUUCCGACCAAUGUCGGCCGUUCCCGUGUCCAUUUUCCACAUUCAAGACUCGCGACGUGUGACGGCAGCCGCCUUUGUGCCGACGCGCAAAGGAGGGUUGGCUUCAGUGGUCUACCUUGGUGACGAGAAUGAUCUCAAAAUGCUGCACACCAGCGGCCCCGUGGCUCGCAAGGCGUCGGCUUUGGUUCCACUUGCCGCCAACAAGCCCACCGUGCAGCAGACAAGCUACGCGCAAUUGUUUGGCUCCACUCCGUCCACAGACGCUGCGCCGGCCGCUGCUACUGCCGCUGCUUCGUCGUCCACGAGCGCUGCAGCUGCAUUCUCGGGCAAGUCGCUCUCCGCGACCAUCUUCAGCGGACCCGCCCAUGUCAUCCCGCCUGUUUCCCAGCUGGUCGGUCCCUUCAUGGGAUUGCUGCUUGAUCGCGUCACUGGCAAGGUUGCCACCGCCGAAUCGACGACAAGCUCUGCAAUGGAUACUGCGGAAGACGUUCCGGCACCUGCGCAGCCUCAGACAGCUGCUGUUGCACCUCGAUCACUGCUUGCGAUUGCCGCUUCAGUCGGAGAGCGAGAAUUCGACUUUUUGGCCGACUGCUUCAAGGUUGGAGCAACACUCACCGAUGCAGCACCUGUGGCAUCGCGCAAAGUGCGCAAAGACAAGAGCUAAACCACGCGCCCAAACAAACGUGAUACUUUGAUAAGGCGAAUGAUUUUGUUGCUGUUUUUUUUUUUUUUGUAUUAACACAGUUUUGUUGAAAUCAAUUCAAGCAAUAACAAAGGAGCUAAUGAG